AUGGCUGCUGCUUCUUCUUCUUCUCUUUCAUCUCAUCAUCCGGAUUCCUCCUACUCAGGGAAAUGGGAAUACGACGUCUUCUUGUGUUUCAGAGGUGCCGAUACUCGCCAUGGUUUUACCAGCCACCUCAGGGCCGCUCUCUCCAACAGGCAAAUCAAAGCCUUCGUCGACGACAUGCUCAACAAAACUGAGAGCAUCGACGAGCUAAUCUCUGUCCUCAAAAGAUCCGCCCUCUCAGUUGUGAUUUUCACGGAGAAUUUUGCAGAUUCAAGCUGGUGCUUGGAUGAAGUGGCCACCAUUUCUCAAAGCAUGUUAGAAUUCAGACACCGUGUGCUUCCAGUUUUCUACAAAGUGGAUCCCUCUGAUGUAUCAGAGGACUCUGGAAGUUACGCUGCUGCCAUUGAGCAGAAUUAUGGAGCUAGCAAAUCUCCGGAAGAUAGGAAGAGAUGGAUGGAUGCUUUGAGAGCUGUCGCUAAUUGUGCUGGCUAUACUUCACAGGCAAUCAAAGCAAUUGCUGUUGGGGGAUCUGUUGGGUUCCACCUAUCUCUUUGCCCCGGGAAGCAGAAUAAUCUUGACAACAAGAAACCGCAUGGCGCUCGGAAAUGAAUUCAUGAUGUUCUUAAGAGAAGCUACAACGCUCUAGGAGUUGCUGAAAGGAUGUUAUUCUUGGACAUUGCUUGUUUCUUCUACGGGCCAGAGCUUGUGAACCUAGUGGUGCUCGACCUCCGCCACAACAUAAAUUUAGUUGCAAUCCCGAACCUGUCGGGGUCUCCACUGCUGGAGCGCCUCAUUCUCGAAGGAUGCAGAAGGCUGAUUGAGCUACCAUCUCAUGUUCAAUAUCUGGACAAGCUGGUAGAACUAAACCUCAGAGAUUGUUCAAGUCUGCGAAAUGUUCCUGCAAACCUCAACUCAAAGUUCCUCCAGUGUAUUUGGUUGUCCAACUGUCCCAAUGUCACUCGUUGUCCUGAGUUUAAUUCAAAAGAAUUGGUGGUUUUGGAUUUAAUGGAGACAUCUGUGGUAGCCUUGCCAGCUGCAAUUCGCUAUAUCAAGCAGGGUGGAAAUCUAGAUCUAUGCGGCAGACACAUCACCUGCUUCCCUGCGAUCUCAGCAAGCUUGGAAUUCCUUCGGCUUUGGCAUACCACAAUAAUCGAUAUGAAUUGUUAUGAUGUUGAUCAUCAUCAGCAGGGUUCUUUGCCAGGAUUUGUCAAACUGGAGUUGCUUGACAACCUUCAACUCAAGAGCUUGUCAAAGAAUAUCUGGAGCAUGGUUUCUCAAUCGCUCCUUCUUGUAGAUUGCCCAUUGAUUGAAACUUUGCCGGGAAUCUCACAUCCUGUGACUGGCUUAACGGAGCUCUAUAUAAAAGGAUGUCAGAACCUGAAGAGCUUUCCAACUAGCAUCAACAAUCUGAAAUCUUUGCAGUUCCUCAGUUUCAUUAACACCGAUAUUGAGUCUGUUCCUUCAGCUGUUGGGGAACUUUACAAGCUCAUACGUUUAGAUUUGCAUUCCAACAAAAGCUUAGAGUUCGUCCCAAGCAACAUCCACAAGCUUGUCUACUUAUGCGUGUUGUCCUUGGCAGACUGUCCCAGGAUUAAAUUUUUGCCAGAACUCCCACCGAAUCUUUCAACUUUGGAUAUAAGUGGUUGCACACUGUUACAAGCUUUACCAAGUAACAUAGGCAGGCUGAGAUGGAAGAAGCUGUACUUUGAAGAUUGUCCACAAUUGGAUACGUAUCUUCCUCGAGAACUAGUGCUUAAUUUCUGCAAUCAUGCCGUGUCAAAUCUACAUUCUCAGGGUAAUCUUCAACACUCGGGAAGUGAAAUUCCAAGGUGGUUUGCUUACAAAAGCGCGAGUUAUGCAAAUGAUUCGUCUAGAAUGGUACAAUUGACUCUUCCAGACUGCACAACUAACCGGCUAAUCAAAGGGAUUGCAUUUAGCCUUGUGUGUUCUUCAGAUAUUGGACUUGUCUGGAUAUCCAUCACCUGCGAUUGCAACAUCGGCACCAUUGUUGCUGCCUCUUGGAGUUCUCCCAGUUUCGGUUUGGGUCUGUCCCAGUCGGAUAUCGUAUAUAUAUGGUACGACAAGAACUUGUUAGGUGAGACAAAGAAAGGAAUACGAGAAGAAGCAGAACCAUGGCAUGUGAGAUAUGCUGGGCUCAUUGUUUCCUUCAGAUUUUCCCUUAGACCAGGCACGAUAGACGACCAGGAGGAAGAUCCCAAGAAACUAGAAAACAUCAAAAUCCGAAGUACAGGCGUCACCCUACUGUACUAGAAUCCUGAUAGCUAGAUUGGUGGUCUAUGAGAAUGAGGAGAAUGGACAAACAAUUGUUUGUUUGUUUGUUGUAAUUGUGCAUGUCAAUUCUGUAACUUGCAGUGUAUUUGUUUCUGAAUUGUUUGUGGUCUCUACAGAUCAAACAGAAAAACGUCGUACGAAUUUCUCCAGGAAGUGAAAUGAAAGGGGAAAUUGACCGUCGAGUUUUUGGGCAAUGGGCAGUGUAUGAAU